UAUUUCCCCCCGAGGCAUUUUCAGCGUGCUUUACUUACCAGCUGCCUAUUUUUCUUCCCCUGACAGAAAAAGUUAAUCCUUUUUGUUAAUUAGGAAAAAGAAGAAAGAGUGCGUGUGAACUGGAGAAGAGGUGGAAAAAGGGGGAUAUAUUUGGAGGCUGUAGACAGGAAAUUAUGGGAGCUGGGUAGCCUGGAAAUCCUUCAAUUUUUUCUUCUCCUCUUCUGAUCUUCUCCUUCUGUAGCGCUGGAGUGAGCUCGUGAUGUCUCCAUUUUAGGACAGAGGAGUGUGCAAGUGUGCUUCUUCUUCCUUUCUUUUCUUUUAUUUUCUUUUCUGUUUUCACUCAGAUAUUUCGUUUCCUUUUGCUGCAACUGUUGAGCUCCAAAUCUGUUGUGGUUUAUUUCAUCUUUAAAUCCGGGGGAAAGAAGGGGAUCUGCCAUUUCUUUGCCCACUUAAGCUUGUUCUUUCUCUUGUCUAAGAUUUUACCGCUUCCCUUUUCAGUUUCUUGGGAGUAAUUUCUUCAGCUGUAAAACUCGCAAGAAGGAUCUCAUCUUUGACUAGCUAUGGGUUUAUGGGUUUUUGCAGCUUCUAAUCGCUCGUCCUAACCUCGCCUGAGCGCUCGUGAGCUCUAGUUUGCGGUGUAAAAAUCGCAGCGUUUAGUGUUUUCGUCCAAGAAUCGGUUGCUGCCAGCCAUGGAGGUGAGGUCCGAGCAAGGGCUAAUGGCGGGAAGGGAUCUCUUCAGCUUGCCGAAGAGCCAACCAGCGCCGGCGCCGGCACCGGCACCGGCAGCACCGCCAUCUUCGGCUGCCAUGCAGAGCGUGCGCAUGGCGUACACCGCCGACGGCACCCCUGUUUUCGCCCCGGUGAGCUCUGCGGCCGCGCCGCCCGGUUACCAACCGCAACCGGUUGCUGCGGCGCCCCGCUCUAACAUGUCCCCCGCCGUCGCCGCUGGAGGCAAUGGCGUGGCGACGCUGCCGGGCAUGGGCGAACCAUUGGGGAAGAAGAAGCGCGGGCGGCCGAGGAAGUACGGGCCCGACGCGCCCAUGUCGCUGGCGCUGGUGACUGUGCCGACGGCUCCUGGAUCGACAGUUGGGCCACAGGAUGGUCAGGGUGCUUCUGGGCCGUUCUCGCCCACGCUACCGGCGAACUUAGUGCCAUCUGCGUCGCCGCCGGACGGAGGGAAGAAACGCGGCCGGCCUAAAGGAUCUACCAACAAGAAGCCCCGCAUGAGUGUUGCCGGGCCGCCAGGAGUUGGAUUCACACCUCAUGUUAUUACAGUUCAAGCUGGAGAGGAUGUGUCAGGAAAGAUUAUGUCAUUUUCUCAGAAUGGAACUCGUGCAGUUUGUGUUCUUUCAGCAAAUGGCACCAUAUCAAAUGUAACGCUUCGCCAAACUGGUACAUCAGGUGGAACUGUAACAUAUGAGGGCCGAUUUGAGAUAUUGUCACUCUCUGGGUCGAUCUUUGUAAAGGACAUUGGAGGCCAGCGUACCCGAACUGGAGGGCUCAGUGUUUCAUUGGCUGGUCCUGAUGGUCGUCUCUUGGGUGGUGGGGUCGCAGGACUUCUCAUAGCUGCUUCUCCAAUCCAGAUAGUAAUAGGAAGCUUUGAUCCUGAGGGGAAAAAACAGCCAAAGCAGCAGGUUCAUUCUGAACCCGUACCAUUGAAGAUCGUUCCGGGCACUGGGAUGGGGGGCAACAUUCCGAGCACUGGGAUGGGGGCCAACAGCCCCCCGUCAAGAGGUACAUUGAGCGAAUCGUCAGGUGGCACUACGAGCCCGCGACAUCAAGGCUAUGCCUCUACCAACAAUAACCAACCACCUAUCUUGUCCAGCAUGUCCUGGAAAUGAACUGAGCAUCCUUGACCAAAUUCAGACUGCGAUAGACUGUCAGGGAACUGCCUUGCUGGCAGGAAAUAGAAAUGUCACUUCUGUCUAACUAGCUCUUAUGUAGUAUAAAUCAGAAGUUUAAUUAUGUUGCAUUGUAGCUGGUAAAUGGUAACUGCAGCUGUUGUGUAGGUCGUUUCAGUUUGAAUUUCUGCAUCAGGUAAUUGUUUGUUGUCGUCUUGAGAUGAUGUAUUUAGAUAUGAUAAUGUGACCCUAUGAGGAGCUAUCAGAAUAAUAAUGUUCUUAUGUUCA